GUAACAUCCGGCCAAGUAAUGAGGUCUAGGUCGUAACAAUUCCAAGGCCACGACAGAAGAAAGAAGGUUCAGAUUGAGUGCUAGGGUUAGGUAUAUACGGUUACGUUCGUAAUUCCAUUUGUUAGGAAUGAACAUUAUCUGUGCACAUGCGAUGAUAUUUGUAAUAUGUCUCACGAAUGGGUGUUCCACAAGGUUGUCAACCCGCGGGUCAACCCGGGUUGGUCUGGACCCACUUUUUAAAACGAGUUAUAGCAAUCCUUUUCACUAUCAGCCCGAAACUGGUCAAAUCCGCUGAAAUCCGGUCAAACCCGGGUGGUUAGCCCGUCAAACCAGGCCAGCGGGUUGCUCCAUCUGCCCACCGUUUUGGGGUUGUGCGGAGGCGUUCUAUGGCUCUGCUGGGGAGAAGGCGAGAAGCAAAGAGAGCAAGAAACCCUACCACUCGUCCAUCACCUUCAUUCACUCCCGCAGUCCAGCAGCCGCUCGAGGUCCCUUCAUCGGCGGCGCGCUCGAGGUCAUCAGAGAGAGUCGACCUUCUCAGCUUGGCCGCCACCUACCUCCGAUCUCCCUCCCUCUGCCUCGUCCCCUCGGCCGUACUCCUUCUCCCCAGCCUCGAGAUCAAUCGCCCAUGCCUCCCUCUUCUCCUCCGGUUGGCUCCCUUUGUAUCCACACUCCCCCAGCAAUGAAUUCGGGGAUCAACUAGCUUGAAAUUGGAUGGGGGUUGAUGAUAGGUCAGCCAAUUUGUUUGGUUGGGCUUUGCGUUUGAUCAGGAAUUAGUGAACUUGGAAAGUAAAAUCAGUGGAGGGGAAUGAAAAGAGAAAGCGAGUAGAAUUGACAGAGAAAUUGGAUGGUGGUGAAGAUGCAGAUGAUGAAGGAUUGAAGGAAAAAUGAACGAGAACAGAGGAAGGGAAGAUGAUAAGGUGUGGGGGUGUGGCACAUCACAACACAUCGUCGCAAUAAUAAUAUUGAUUAAAU